AUCGCGAGAUAACACGGGAUGAAUAUGGCCGCAGUUAAACUACAGACGAGUGUCGUGAGUCAGGCUGGAAAACACACUGCUUCUGUCAUCUUUCUUCAUGGCUCAGGCGACACAGGGCCGGGUUUGCGCAGGUGGGUUUAUGAUGUGUUGGGACAAAACCUGGCAUUUGAAAACAUCCGGGUGAUUUAUCCCACAGCGCCAGCCAGGCCGUACACACCCAUGCGAGGGGCUCAGUCUCAUGUGUGGUUCGAUCGUCACAAGAUUUCCCAGGAUUGCCCGGAACAUUUGGAGUCUAUAGAUUCCAUGUGCGAAAAUUUAAGCGCCAUUGUCCAGGAGGAGAUCCGAGCAGGGAUCCCUAAACACAGGAUGCUUAUUGGUGGCUUCUCGAUGGGUGGUGCCAUGGCAUUACACCUGGUUUGCAGGUACCACCAGGAUGUUGCCGGCAUCUUCGCUCUGUCCAGCUUUCUCAACAAAGACUCAGUUGUAUAUCAGGCAGUAGAAGAUGCAUCCCAAUGCCCGCCUCUGCCUGAGCUCCUUCAGUGUCAUGGCACUGCAGAUGAGCUGGUUUUCCAUAGAUGGGGCGAGGAGACCAACUCACUGUUGAAGAAAGCUGGCCUCAACACGUCUUUCCAUUCCAUACCAGACCUCAACCAUCAGUUGUGUCGACAAGAACUGGAGUUACUACGCUCCUGGAUCCUGAAGAAACUUUCCCUUUAGAACAUCCAUAAUGCUGGACAAUGACUACUGCUUCCCUAUAUACAAUACAAUAAUCACCAUUUACUCUCCCUUAUGUUGUCACAAGAUGUCAUUUUAUUAUAUACAUAUACUGUAUAUAUAUAUAUGGGGGGUGGGGUGCUUUUGAAAACUUUUUUUUUCUCCAUAAGUGGAGGUUAACCCAACUCCAGUAAUCUAAUGUUAGUGUAAUCUGUUAACAACGCACAUCAUAAACCUGUAUUUUUAGGCAAGUGCCAGAUAAUGGGUGUCGUCGUAAAAUAUUUUUAAUAUGACCGAAUUUGUAUUUAACGUGAUC